UAGAUAAAUCAUGGCUGGAUCGGAUGAGAAUAAUCCGGGAUUAAUAAGGCCGGCCCAUUUUCAAGGUGGUCUCCGAAUGGGGGGUGGGAAGUUCGUCCCAGAGGUUGGACACAACCGAAGAGCUCUUAGCAACAUUAAUAGGAAUUUAGUGGGAGCUCCUCCAUACCCAUGUGCAGUCAACAAAAGAGGCUUAUCAGAAAGACAGAUCAUCUGUGAUAAGAACCCACCUAUUCCAGUGCAUAGGCCAAUCACAAGGAAAUUUGCCGCAGAAAUUGCAAACAAGCAGCAGCAGCCUUGUCUUGAGCAGGAAACUAGGCCAAUCUCAUCUUUCACAAAUGCAACUAAAUCAGAAGAUUGUACUAUCAUUGAUGUGGAUGACUUUGAGGGGACUAAUGACUUUCCUGUUCCGAUGUUUGUGAAGCACACUGAAGCAAUGUUGGAUGAGAUCGAUCAAAUGGAAGAGGUUGAAAUGGAGGAUAUAUCAGUGGAUCCUACUACAGAUAUUGACAGCUGUGACUCUAAGAAUCCACUUGCAGUUGUUGAUUAUAUUGAGGACAUUUAUGCUCACUACAGAAAAGCUGAGAGUUCCAGCUGUGUCUCUAGGAACUAUAUGGCGCAGCAGUUCGACAUCAACGAGAAAAUGAGGGCUAUCCUCAUUGAUUGGCUAAUAGAGCAGGUGCACUACAAGUUUGAGCUUAUGGAUGAGACGUUAUUCCUCACUGUAAAUCUCAUAGACAGAUUCUUAGCACAGCAAACAGUGGUGAGGAAGAAGCUCCAGUUAGUUGGAGUGACAGCCAUGCUCUUAGCAUGCAAGUAUGAAGAGGUUUCUGUUCCUGUUGUGGAGGAUUUAAUUCUAAUAUCAGACAAGGCCUACACAAGGAAAGAAGUUCUUGACAUGGAGAAAUUGAUGGUGAACACACUACAGUUCAACAUGUCUGUUCCAACCCCAUAUGCGUUCAUGAGGAGAUUCCUUAAAGCAGCUCAAUCUGACAGGAAGCUUGAGCUUCUCUCCUUCUUCGUCAUCGAGCUUUGCCUGGUGGAGUGUGAAAUGCUCAGGUUCCCUCCAUCUUUGUUGGCGGCAGCUGCAGUUUACACUGCUCAGUGUACUCUUAAUGGGUCUAGACAAUGGACAAAGACCAGUGAGUGGCAUACUAACUACACAGAAGACCAGCUCCUGGAAUGCUCAAAGUUGAUAAUUGGUUUCCAUCAGAAAGCUGGAACAGGGAAGCUCACUGGGGUAUAUAGGAAGUAUAGCACAUCUAAGUUUGGUUAUGCAGCAAAGUCGGAACCUGCUGUUUUUCUUUUAGACACCAGACCCUAAACUAAAAGGGGGGGUCUUUGGUUGAUCGAUUGUGUUUGGAUUGAUUAAUCAUAUUAACUCUAUGAACUGAAUUUCUGGGGUUGGCAUCACUGUGGGGGGGUCUUUGGGUGAUCGAUUGUGUUUGGAUUGAUUAAUCAUAUUAACUCUAUGAACUGAAUUUCUGGGGUUGGCAUCACUGUGCAACAGAAGUUGCCAAUCUGGGCUUUUGUUGACAAAGCCAGUACCAAAGUUGCUUAUUUUUUAAUUUUCCUUUUCAGUUAUCUGAAUAAUGUACAAUUCUCUUCUUGUGUAUCUGAUCUCGA